AACGAUUCGUUUGGGAAUCGGACAUCGCUACGCUGUGAACCGAGCGUUGAAUUAUGCAUUCGGACUAACAAGGGAAAGUGAUGCUCAGAGAGGAGGACAGGACUCGGAGAAGAUGCAUUAAAGGGCGAUGAAGUUAUGUGAAGCGGUCUCUCGUAGAAGCGUUAUACGCACGUAUGAUUAAUUUAAUAUAGUGUUUUAUUGCUACGCAUGUAGCCUACAACACGGGGUGGAUUUUAUUGCAAAGGAAAAACGAUAGCCGAUAUCGGAUGGUCGGUGAAAGGAAGAGAGAGUGAGUAAGACAGGGGUAGCAUAUGUGAUUUUAAUGAUGACUUACAGUCUACAGCGGACCGUCACUUAAUUUUGAAUUAACCUACAGCUUGAAUAGCGUGGAACUUCGCAAUUCUGAGGAAAUAAUAGAAAGGAAAAAAAGGUUUUAUUCUGGCAAGAGAGAGAUGGAUGGAGAAACAGGCAAAGGAAGGGCUCUCUGAUGAAAAGAACAACCUCCCUUUGGACUAAAGAAAAAAACAAUGAAUGUGGUUUUUCCUUGACUGGAAGGGACUCCACUUCAGUUAGCGAGGACAUCUGAGGACUCUUCAUUCCUAAAGCCAAUGACAGUGAACAAUGGCACAUCAUUACAAAUAACGUUUUGUGGCUUUUAAUUCUGAGUGAGGAAGAGAAGUCAGAUAUUUUAUGAGCCUGCGUGACGUGAAAGCGGAUUUGAAGUACUGGCUCGCAACCCAACUGGUUAGUUGGAAUCCAUGAGGAACGUGGGUGAGAUAUCUAAUAGUUUUUCCAUUUUGAGGGCCAUUUUAUUGACAAAAGGUCAGCCUAUUAUUGCUGAUUUCAAUGAUUCAACUGAUUGGAUAGUCCUUACGAAUCUCCUGGACCGGGAAUCUCCUCUGGAAUAACGUCGCUCAGGACGUACACGGUUGCAUCUCACUGAUUCUCAGACAUCAACUCAAUGAGAAGAAGCAUUCUCGCAGUCUGGCAAACAACAGACAGUCAAACAGCAGGACAGAGAUCCAGUGAGUCGAUGUGGAGUCCAUUAGCUUUCACUGCCAGAUCUCCCUCAGAGCUGAAGCAGCACCUAUUCAGCCUCAGUGUCAGAAGGUGAAAGAAAACACGCUCCAAGUCUAAAGUCCAAAUGGACUUCUGAAUCAUCUUCCUUAAAGAACCAUUAUAUUGGUUGAAUUGUGCUACAAAAGGCAAGCGGAGGCGAGGAGAGCUUGCUGGUUGCAUGAUGGCUCCUGAAGGUAUAGGGGAGCUUCGAGACUUACUCUUCUUUCUGCUGCUGUGCUUCACACUAUUGGCUGAGCUAUUGGAGAUGUCUGCAGCUUCCUCACUGGGAUUGGAUGGUGAAGGUGACAUAGUGUGCCCUUCUGUGUGUCGCUGCGACGAGGACUUUAUUUACUGCAACGACCGCGGAUUGAGCGCAAUCCCACCUCUGCCACCAUCUGCAACUGUCCUUUAUCUUCAGAACAAUCACAUUGACAAUGCAGGGCUUCCUAAGUCCUUGGAGUAUCACACUACCGUGCGUGUUAUAUAUCUCUACGAUAACGAGCUCGAUGACUUUCCAUUGAAUUUGCCACCUUCAUUAAGAGAGCUCCACCUCCAGGACAACAACAUUAGAGUGUUGCAAAGGGCUGCACUUGCUAGACUUCCGCUCCUUGAAAAGUUGCAUUUGGACGACAACUCGGUCUCGACAGUGAGUAUCGAGGACCAGGCCUUUGCGGACAACCCUAGAUUACGUCUCCUCUUCCUUUCCAGAAACCACCUCUCCAGCAUCCCAUCUGGUCUUCCGGCCUCACUUGAAGAACUCCGUUUAGACGACAACCGAAUCUCUACUAUUCCCACUCAUGCCUUCCGAGGUUUGUCCUCUUUACGCCGCCUGGUCUUGGACGGUAAUCUUUUAGCUAAUCAACGUAUAGCUGAUGAUACCUUCUCACGUCUGGCAAACUUAACAGAACUCUCCCUGGUCCGCAAUUCGCUUCAAACACCCCCACUUAACUUGCCCAGUGCCCAUCUGCAGAGACUCUCCCUUCAGGACAAUAACCUCAUACACAUGCCUCGGGGCUCUCUUGAUGGAAUGCGCAGACUACAACGGCUAGAUCUUUCCGGAAACAAUCUGACUACCCUUCCCAGAGGAUUGUUCAGGGACUUGGACAACCUGGGGCAGCUGCUUGUGCGAGGAAACCCAUGGCACUGUGGGUGCAACUUGCGCUGGCUGCAUGACUGGCUGGAGGCAAAGGGGAACACAAUUACCGUGAGAGGCUUCAUCUGCCAGACACCAGAGCGAGUCCGAGACAUGGCGCUUAGAGACCUCACGAAUCAGAUGGAUGAAUGUGAGUUGGCUGCUGCAGGUGGUGGGGGAGUAGGUACAGGUGUUGGCGUUGGUGGUAACAGGGCGGCGGGAGUCAUUUCGACCACUCUUUCUCCCCCUCAAGGGUCCCUGUUCACUCUCAGGUCCAAGCGACCAGGACUGGGUCUUCCAGAAACAGGGUUGGACUACACAUUAAGCAGCAGUGGUGUGGGCAAGAACCUAGCCCUGAAUGUGAAACCCCUAUCCCAUGACAGCAUCCGUGUUACUUGGAGUGUAGCGCAAACAUCUUCUUCCUUUCGAUUAAGCUGGCUUCGCCUGGGAACUAGCUCUGCCAUGGGGUCCAUCACAGAAACUUUGGUUAGGGGUGACCGGCGGGAGUACCUUCUCACUUCCCUGCAGCCUGCUUCCAGCUACAUCAUUUGCAUGGUGCCUCUAGUGUCUAACAGUGGAAGCAGAAGUAGUUUGCCUGGGGGGGACACAGAAUCAAAUGAGGUUUCAGUUUGUGCCAGAACAGAAACGUCUGAUCCCGGCCUGCCUGAUGAGGAAAAAGGUGAAGAAGAUGGCUCUGAUCAAAUGACUUCCCUGCCACUUGCAGGAAUCAUUGGAGGUGCCACGGCGAUAGUUUCCCUCGCUCUCAUCAUCGCCAUUUUCUGCUGGUACGGGCACCGUGCGGGGCGCCUCAAAUCACGAGACCAUUACAGUCAUAGUGGCUCUCGCAAGAGCAAACACUAUGAUGACUACAUUGAGUCAGGCACAAAGAAAGACAACACCAUCUUAGAGAUCAGAGGUCCUGGAUUUCAGAUGACACCAAUGGCAACAAGGCAGACCCUUCAACCCAAACCAGUGCGAGAGGAUUACAUUAUACACACAAUCUUCCCUUCGAACGGCACAGGUCCAUACAAGCCAUCCCAAAACAUGACCAACUCUGGCUAUGGUACCAACCGUGGCUAUAGAGAAGGAGGCAUUCCAGAUAUAGAUUACUCUUACACAUGAUAGCUUUGAUUUAGAAACCAUCAUUAGGAGUCAUGUAUUGCAUAGAUACACAGUUUUUAAUCAACAUGGGCUCGGCUGAAUCCCUUUGUGCCUUCUGGUCUCCAUUACAAUGUAGCCUGCUGUUCAUGAGACUAUAAAACUUUUAAUUGGCCCAGAUGCUUAUAGGGAAGCAUUAUAAAUGUGGUGCCAGGAGGCAAUGAUGCCAUUUCAGGUGGCGAUACCAAAUGCUAUUUUCACCUCCCGGUGUAAUGAUCAGUAUCCCUGACAUUGCUGUUUUAUCUCUGGCUGGUGCACUGAGGUGGAUUCAAGGGCAGCCCACACUGCAUUCAGCUUACAGACUGUUUAUAAAGCUAAAUGCAUAUAAAGGCAGCCUUCUCAUCGGUUGCUAAAUAACCAACCUGCUAUUCGUUUUAAUAGUUUUCUCCUGAGAUAAAUGUUCCUGAGUCGAGGAUUUGAGUCCUGCAUAAAGCAAGAUAACCUCUUUGUUCAGAGAAACUGGAAAUGUGUUGUGGCAAGCGAUCCCUCUGGAAAAUUCAUGGGCUCACAUGCAUAUUUGUUUUUGGAGAUAUGAGCUGCAGAACACAACUACUAUUCCUAAUAAAGAAGGAGUGUCUGGACCAGGCAACGACACGACCCUGAAAAACUACAGCGAGUUUUGAAAUGCCUCAAAAACUAAAUUUGAAAUCUUAAACACCUGAAAGCUGCCUGAUGCUACUAUGAUAACGUCCAACAAGACUGUUUUACCUUCAGACUGGUAUAAAGUUGAAAGGAUGAAUAUGUGUCUUGAGGACUUUCAAUUUUUAAGAUUGCAACUGAACCCUGGUGUGUUGAUAGAUACAAACAACGCAAGUUAGAAAUUGGACAUUGUCAUGACUCUGUUCCCUAGUUUGAUUUUUGUGUUGUUUGUUCUUUCACAUUGUUUAAGUUACAUAGCCCUGCUGAUAUUUUCAAUGUAAUAUUCAAAGGAUUUCCUCUAUAACUGAGGUCAGUCUUUUAUCACUUAUCCAUUAUUAAAUCCCCCAAACAACCAAUCAGAGCUAAAGCAGCCAGACAAGCUCUCCCACUAUAAAAUAUAAACAAACUGUUUCAGUUUACACCAACAUGACAGUAUCACACUUAUUAAAAAUAGGAAUAUCUCUGUAAAAACUUCAUGGUAACGCAUAACUUGCUUGUUUUCAAUAGAUUGUCCCUUAUAAUGUUUUGCACAGAGAGGAAACCAAUGUUCUGUUAAGGUGGACCAAGAUUUGUAGGUUGCUUAGCCACAUUCUUAGCACAAAAUUGCAUUCUUUAAAUCGUUUAUUUACAUCUCCAAAUGUCACUGAAGAAAAGGAUAUGGCCUUCUUGCUAACCACUUGCUACGAGUCUUAGGAAGAAGAGAAAGGGUGUUAGACGGAAACCAGGAAUUUGAACCAUAACACUGUGGACCAUCACUGUGGGAGAUAGAGAGUGCAUCAGAAUGUUGUAUAAUUUUGUAAGGUGGAUGCAUUUUGCUGAAAAUUAUUUUUCACUUAUUUCCUUGUGUAGAAAUUAUCUGUUGUCAAUGUCUUCUACCCAUUAAUUUAAGCCAACAGCAGGAGAGAAUCCCACCCAUCAGUCAAUUUACGCAAUGGUAGACGGUGAGAAAAUGUGUGUAUGUGUGCGUUGUAUGAAAGACUUUCCCCGACUCUCUGGACAUUUCUGUUCUGCUCCUCUGUAUUUGUAUUUAUGUAUUUGAGGACUUACACUGCCUUGUAUUUUAUGUACUGUUUGGCAAUGUGAUACUUGUCAAAAAUAGGAAAGGAGAGAGAGAGAACGAAGUAGACUUUUCUAAACUAAAAAAGACCAAGAGAUUAUACAGAUAAAACAUGGAUUUGAUAUUAAAGCAGGCCCCCAACCGAA